ACUCCAGCUGUAUUCGAGUCGGCCCAGGCUUGCUCUAAAUGUCGAGAGCUGGAGGAUGCUCGCUUGGCAUCCCAGACAGAGGCGCGACGUUCUUUACGCGAGCUCGAGGAACGGUUGACACGCCAGUUUACUCAAGAAAAGGAGGCCGCUGUGCAAGCGGCAGUCCAAGAGGGCCAGUUACGACUUCGCGAAGCUGUUGAGCGUGAGCAAAAGGCUGCCAGGGAAACAAUGGAGGCAGCUGAGGCCCGGUUUGCCGAAACUAUUGUCCAAGCCAAGCGACGUCAAUGGUGCCGUAACUGCUUGACUGAGGCAAUUUACCACUGCUGCUGGAACACUUCUUACUGCAGCAUCCAGUGUCAACAGGAGCAUUGGCAGAAAGAGCACAAGCGUCAGUGCCGGCGUAAACGGUGA